CUGCGCCCCCUACCGGCAGAGACAGCAGCAGACGGCAGACUGGUGACGUGGUCUGGUCCGUCGUUGACCGGAGCAGCAGCAGCAGCACUAUGGCCGACCAGAGCAGGCAGAUAAAACUCGCUGCAGCUAAGAAAAAGCUGAAGGAGUUCCAGCAGAAGAGCUCCCCUGUUAGUGUGGGAGGAGAAAGGGGUGGAGGAGGUGGAGGUGGUGGAGCAGGGGCCAAGAAGAAGAGGAAGGUGAAGGGACAGAGCCAACACGAUGCAUCUUCAACGGACAGAAACUCUCCAGACAAUUUUGACAGUAUUCUGAAAGCACUUAGUCAAAGCAAUGGAGUAGUCCUACCUCCUUAUGGCAACAGUCAGACCUUUGCUGACGUGGAGGCCAUCGGGUCUUCGGUCCCCCAGCUGCCGGAGGACCCAAAGGGCGAGCCUGGUCACGGCUCACCUGUGUCUAACCUCGCUAGCGCUAACACUGCUACUAACCCUGAGUCUGUCGGUCACAACACUGACCUGCAGGACUAUCCCGAUACCAACGGCAAUGAGAGUUUAACAGAAGAAAAUAGACCACUGUCUUCCACAGAGAGCCUGCGACAGCUCUCACAACAACUGAACGGCCUGGUCUCUGAGUCAUCUUCUGCCUAUGUGAAUGGGGACAGUCCGCCUGUUGGAGAGAGAGAGCUGGAGGGUCGGAACCAGGAGCUGGCAGCCGCCCUGGAGUCCAGCAACCUAACAAACUCUCAGCUUACUACCAAGCUAGACCAGCUGGUUCAGCAAUCUCAGGGGCUCUCCGAUCAGCUACAAAAGGAGCGAAAAGAAUACGAGCAGAGAUAUUCAAAAGAGCAGGGAGCCAUGCGGGAGCAAUUACAGGUUCACAUCCAGACCAUUGGUAUACUGGUAUCGGAGAAAUCAGAGCUACAAACAGCACUACAAUACACACAACAGGCUGCACGGCAGAAAGCAGGUGAGGCAGAGGAGUUGAAUAACCGUCUGCAGGCGACAAAGCAGAGAGUGUCGGAGCUGGAGAGAACUCUCUCCUCUGUCUCAACACAGCAGAAACAGUUUGAAAAGCACAACAAAGAGUUUGAAAAGGAGAGAGACAGCCUGAGGCUAGAAGUGUUUAGACUAACCAAUUUGAGUGAGGAGUCGAAGCAGCAGAGCUCAGAGCUGUCGGAGCACAUAAAGCUGAGUACGAAGGAGAGAGGAGCAAUGAGGCUGGAGGUAGAAGAUCUACACAAGAGACUCGAGAUGGCUGACCUCAUGUUGCAACAGUGCUCCACUCAGUCAGAUCCCACCAGUGCCAACCAGCAGGUCCAGUUACUGCUGGGAGAGAAGCAGCAGCUGGAGGCACACAAUCACCAGCUGAUGGAGUCGAUGGGCCAGCUGCAGAGAGAAAGGGACAGCUAUGCAGAGCAGAUCCAGGAGGAGGGCCGUGUAUGGAAGGACAAAACGGAACAGCUGCUAACACAGGUGUCUUUGGUUGCAGAGGAGAGGGACAGAAACAUCAACCGAGUCCAAGAACUGGAAGCCAGCAUCACAGAGCUGAAACAUGCUGCAGCGUUGUUGUCCCAGGAGAGAGAAGCUCGGGAUAAUGCAGAGCCUCAGUCCUCAGGGCCUUCAGAGAGCGAGGUGGCUCUGCAGGAAGCCCUCAACGCUCUACAUCAAGAGAAAGACGCUCUCGCUGAACAGUAUCAGGCACAGCUGCGAGACAACAAGCAGCUGAGCCGCAUGUGUUCGGAGCAGGAGACGCGUCUGGGGGAGAUGGAGCGGCAGGUGGAGAGCCAAGUCCAGGAGGGGGACGACCGCCGGCGCAUGUUGGAGGAUGUUCAGUCAGACAAGGCCACGAUUAGCCGUGCUCUCACCCAGAACCGUUCACUGAAGGACCAGCUGGCUGAGCUACAGAACGGUUUCGUCAAAUUGACUAAUGAGAACAUGGAGCUGACCACUGCCAUCCAGUCGGAGCAACAUGUGAAAAAGGAGCUGGCUCGUAGGAUGGGUGAACUGCAAGAGGCCCUGCACAAUGGCAAAGAACAGCUGGAACUGAAAGAUAAGGACACUCAGGGUCUGAUUGAGCAGAGAGACCAGGUGGUUGCCCAGCUGCAGCAGUACUUUGCUGGUUACCAGGCCCUGGCCUCAGAGAGGGAACAGAUCCACCACCAGUACCUGCAGCAGAUCCAGCUCAUGGACCGGCUGCAGCACGAUGAAAGCCAGGGCCGCGUGCAGCUGGAGAUCAGUCACAAUCAGCUCAAGCAAGCGCAGGAGCAUUUGGAAGUGUUAGUCAAAGACAACGAGAUGCUGAAGACCGAAGUGAAGGAGCUGCUCAACAGCUCAGUUCUUGCCUCGUCAUCCAGAGACCAAGGCGAUGGAGUGGAGAGCCAGUCCCUGCAAGAGAGCCCAGAGAUGUCCUCCUCCUUAGUUAUACCAGAAGACUUUGAGAGCCAGAAGGAGAUGGAGGAGUUUAUCCGUGGAGCUUUGGCUCAGGUGGAGGCGGAGAGGGACGAGGCCAUAGGGCAACUACAGGAAGAGCACAGGCUCCACAUGGCAGCCCGACACCAGGCCGCUGUGGCCCUCAGCCUCGAGCACCAACACCACAGCCACUCACAUGUUCAUGACCAUCAUCGUCACGAGCACGAUCACGAUCACGAUCACGAUCACGAUCACGAUCACGAUCACGAGCACGAUCAUGAUCAUGAUCACGAUCACGAUCACGAUCACACUCAGGGCCAACACAGUCACUGUGAACACAGUCACGAGCAUUCAGAAGGAGGAGUGCCGGUGGAGGUUCAUCAGGCCCUGAAAUCUGCCAUGGAGAAGCUUCAGCAUCGUUUCUCCUCCCACAUGAGAGAGAAAGCUGACCUGAAGGAGAGGGUGGAGGAGCUGGAGCACCGCUGCAUCCAGCUGUCUGGAGAGACCGACACUAUAGGGGAAUACAUAGCCCUGUACCAGAGUCAGCGGGCCAUCAUGAAGCAGAAACACCAGGAGAAGGAGCAGUACAUCAGCAUGCUGGCCCAGGACAAGGAGGAGAUGAAAGCAAAACUGGCAGAGCUGCAGGACCUGGUGAUGAGGCUAGUGGCGGAGAGGAACGACUGGUACAGCCGCUACACUGGAGCCGUAGGCGGCGGCACAGUGAACCCAGACCUGCUUCCUGUUGGGGAGGAUCAUAGCCACCAAGAGCACCAAGCACACGCACACACGCAGCUUAAUGCUGUUGGUGGAGCAGAAGCCAUGGAGAUCAUUCCUCUGUCAGAGCCCACAACAAGCCUGGAAGCCCCAUCGCCCCAGUCGAGCUGGUCAGCCCAGACCGACUCCAGGUUGUUGGGGCCCAAAGAGGACGGCACAGCCCAGCAGAUCAUGCAGCUGCUCCAGGAGAUCCAGAACCCCCAGGGAUCACUACGAUCACCCCCCUUCCUCGGGGAGAACCCCUGCAUCCCCUUCUUCUACCGGCCUGACGAACAGGACGAAGUCAAGAUCCUGGUGGUGUGAGGUGUGACGGAGGCUGGCGUGGGUGUGUUUGUGUGUGUGUAUGAGAUAUUGGACAUGUCUUGAAGUCUGGGGAAUAUUAAACACCACAGUAUGUUUGUAGCUUGUUGAUCAUAUUCACAAACACUUCUCAAGAAAUAUGACACCCGGUAAUACUGGUCCCAGAUGACCCAGUUACAUUAAAAUACCCCCUCUCUGUGUGUUGGCACUAAUACGUGCAUGGUUAAAAAGAGAGUAUUUUCCAUUUGUUGUUUUUAUGGGUUUUUUUUGUCUCCGAUGCUCUUCCCAGAGAGAUACUGAUUAUUCUCCAUACCACCAUUUUUAAUCACCACCCCACCCUCUCGUUUCCCAUUUUACACAUAAGUGCAAUAAAGGGGUCGUAUUUUCUGUCCUCUUGCUGAUACAGUACUUAAAGAGCUGUCGGAAAAUUCUCAGCAACUUUAGUGCAAAUCUCAGUUUUACACAAUCCACUGUACAAAAUGCCAAAAAGAGCAUCACUUUGAAUGUAACAACCCGAAAUCUUUACCCGUAUGUUUGUGUAAUGUGAGGAGAACUGAUGAUGGUGAAGAGAUGCAGAGUGAGAUGCAAGAGAGAAAAACUGAGUGCACGUGAUCGCUUUUGAGCUGUUAGGCGCUGUUCUGUUUCAAAGUUCGAGAGCUCGCUGGUUACAUGAGUGAGGUUUCAGGAAGAUGCAGAGGCAGGUGUCGCAGAUUAUUUGGUACUGUUCCUAAAACGACCUACCUUUUUUUGUCUUUUUCCUCCAAACACUGAAAACACGUCUUAUGUUUGUACAGUGCGAAAUGUUAAUGUAUGUUUGUGUCGUGAUGUCAAACAUCCUGUUGGACUGAGAGAAGUUACCGCCAUUAUGAAAAGGUGGUUUCAGAAGUCAUCGAGGGGAUAGAUGCAAUUUAAAGACCCCAUGAAGAAAAAACACAUUGUAGUCAGAAAGGUAUUAAGGCAUUAUUUUCAGAGGGUAAUUCAGAUAAAUAACAGAGCUUCGGGCUGUUUUCCACAUUAUUGUUUUCUGCAAGUUCUUCUUUCUCUUGGUCAUUAGCGGGAUAGAUACUAAGGUGCAAUGACUGGAGGGAGUUACAGGAAGUAUGGUGUGAAAAUCUCCAUCUGCACUUGUAAUUCAUCUUUCUUCUCUGAGGCAUUUGAACUUCAAUUUUAUGGGGUCUUUAAGUUUCUCAACAAACCGACACUAUUGAUAUGAGCCCGUUCUUUUCUGUUACGUUUGCUUGUAGCUCCACAUAUCAAAGAUGAGUUAAUGCACAUCCUUUACAACUGGACUGUGUGAGUGUACGUGAUGAUGCGUGUGUGUGUGUGUGUUUCCUCUUCAGCGGAAGUUGCAUCUGUUGUACUUUUUUUUUGUAGAGUUCUAUCAGAUGAUAUAAGUAUGAUUGCACUAAAACUGUACAAAGCUUCUCAUUGGGCUCUGUCCUCUGCGGCUGGUUGGACAGUGGCGUUUCAACCACGGAGCCUCUAAGCUGGCUUAAUAAUAAUAUCUGUGGAGGG